AUGUCCGUCGCAACUGAAUUCGAAGCCGCUAAUGCGAAAUAUGCCGCCUCUUUUACGAAAGGGGAUCUAGCGCUGCCACCCAAGAGAAAGGUUGCUGUGGUAGCUUGCAUGGAUGCGCGUCUCGACACUGCUCGAGCCCUCGGUCUCGAAGAGGGCGAUGCCCAUGUCAUCCGCAACGCAGGCGGUCGAGCUAGCGAUGCGCUUCGUAGCAUCGUCAUCUCGCAGCAGCUUCUCGGAACUCGAGAGAUUGUCGUCGUGCAUCACACCGAUUGUGGUAUGCUCACCUUCAGCGACGAGGUGAUUCGAAGCAAGAUUCGAUCGGAGAUCAAGCAGGAUGCGGAUCAUAUUGCGUUCUUGCCUUUUGGGGAUUUGGAGCAGAGUGUGUUAGAUGAUAUUCAGAUUCUGAAGGAGAGUCCUCUGGUACUAGAUGUUCCUAUCACUGGGUACAUUUAUGAGGUUGAAUCGGGGAAGAUUGUUAAGGUUGGAAGUACUCUGUGA